GGAAAAUCUCCACCUUUUGUAAUUUAUCUGCUUGUAGUUUCGCUGCACAGCUGGAUACUAUUGGCACUUGAGGUCCAAAAGCACGACUGCUCGCGUGAUACAAGAACUUGUCGGGACAGACAAACAGCACACAGUUGUUUGAGACAACAAAUGUAACAGUACUUGGGGUGAACCGUUUGUCUCGAUUUGAUUUAGGCGUCCUCCAAGCCCAGCCCUCAUCACAAAUGAAAACCCAAGCAGUCGAAAAGCUUCCUGAUCCUCCUGAAGAAGUUUUACUUCCAGAAGGUUGGAAGCAGAUGCUGCCAAAAGAGCAGCAUCUCUGGGUCAGUAAGGCUCUCUUUAGCAGAGACGCAUCUGGGAAGUUAAAGCUGACUGAACCUCUGCAGCUGUGGUGCUCACCUCCAGGACCCCAGUUGUUGUAUUCACAGCCUCCUCCGUUUCCUGACCCGUUCUUUCACAGCAGGCUGUUCCUAUGGAUGCCCUGCCGCAUGUGGGCGUACAGGCUGCCAUGCGCGAAGCCCAACUGCCGUCGUCUCGGCAAUCAUUUGAGGCCUUGCGGACUGUACAACACUGUCCGGAGGGUUUUGGACAUGAGUGGGUGGUAUUUCAUGGUCACAGAGUACCUGGAGUGCUGUUCCUGCAGGAAAAAGGUGGCAGGCUGGUCGCAAGACAUUCUGGAUCAAUUGGAUCCCAUCCAUCGUGAGAAAUUCCCAGCAGUGUUGACUUACAGGUUGUCUUGUGAUAAGGAGCUUGUUAGACUGAUGCGGAGCCAGACACCAGGGAAGAGUGUGAUGUCGCUGUAUCGGCACCUUUGUGUUCGGCACAAAGAGCAGUGGCUGGCUCAGUCUGCAGAGUAUCUCUCUGUACUGGACAAGUUUCAAGAUCUCAGCGCUGUUACUGCCAGGCUGCCGCAGAUGAUGCCACUGCCAUCGCCAUCGUUGCUGUUGACGGUACAUGCAAAGGAUGUACUGACACGGCUCGGAGAAAUGAAGGCCAGAGUCACUUCCAUCUACGGCUCCAUCCUGAAAAUGGUCUCCACCAAGAAGGUCACUAAGAAACACGAUUCAGCUGUGUGGUCCACAAACGUGGGGAAUGAGAAUGGGCAGGUCUUAAUAUGUGUCCUGACACAAACAGUGGACGAGGGCCUGCUUCCCAUGUGCUCCGGCUUGAUGGAACGUUAUCGGCGAACCGGAAAGCCUCCUCCACAAGUCCUCUAUGUGGACCAGGACUGUUGUUCCACUACGGGUAAAAGCAAAGUGGGAGCCAUGUUCCACGAGUGGGACCAGCUGGUCGUCAGACUGGAUGCGUGGCAGUUUAUGAUGCGGUUUACAGCAGGCGUCACUUCAGAAAGCCACCUGCUGUACGGCCCCUUCAUGGGACGGCUCUUCUCCUGUAUCUUUGAGUGGGAUGCUGAGGAUUUAAAAAGACUACAAGAAGCCAAACGACUGGAGCUGCGACAAACCAAAGAUGUCAAAGCAUCCAACAAGCCCACGGCCAAAGAGUUAGUACAGCACUGUCGCCACCAGACACGUGAGCCUCAGGUGACCAAGCAGCUCAUUGAACAGCUGUUAAAGGACUUCAUGGGGGCUACAGAUUUCAUGGGUAACAAACUGUUGGACCAGGAGAGGAUGGAGGAAAUCUGGCGAGCCCAACAAUGCCAUCUUUUAUGCAUUCAGGACCCUCCAGGAGUACAGCUUUACAGAAAGAUUGGAGAGGUGACCAGAGGAGGGCUCAUUCUGCCCCUGUAUCACUGUGCACGUGGCGUAGGAUCCCUCGAAUCAUUCCAUCAGCAUCUGAAUCACUUCAUUCCAGGUACAAGUACAAAUGACUUGCACUUCCAUGUUUACCUGCUAGAAGGAGUAGUGCAGUGGAACGAGGCCCGAUCUGUUGCUGUUGAUGAAUGCAGUCCACUGCAGCACUACGUAAACCGUCUAAGCCAGAAGGUUUUAGGCCAUAAACUGGUUGAGGAUCACAACAGCCCAGGAGAGUACACUGGUGAGCUCAUAGGGGUGGAGUAUCUUUAUUCUCAAACCAACAGAGUGUUGGAGGUCGACUACCUUAUGGAUCCCGAUGCUCCUGAUGGGAGUGAUGAUUAUCUGGAGGCAAACCUGGAAUAUGAGGAUUCGGACAUUGAUGACCUCAAAUCACCACAGUUCUUGGAGCUCAGCCUCAAACCACUUCAGCCUAUUCAAUAUCAGGCGGCACUUCUGCAAUCACCUUCCUCCGGCCUCUCAACAUCGCAGCCGGAUCCAAUCGUGUCCUCCACAUCUGGGCCCAUAAAGGACGAGCCUACCACUGCAGACCAGUACACGCCUCAGGGCAUCUCACAGGAGGAGGAUAAAGAAAAGUGCGUGGGGCCUGAUGGUGUUCCUGAGUAUAACCAUGUUAUUAACCUGGCCAACAGUCUGGUCGAGCUUAGAAAUCAUGGAUUUGUCACACAGCGAAAGGUGGACGAGAUUGUCGCCCUGUGGGAUAAGCUGUCAGAGCAUGACAAAGGUGGUGUUGUCCACCCGGCCCGAGCCGAAGACACAUUGUGCUUAAACAACAGUCAUAGCGAUAACUUUGUGACUCCAUGCAUUGAUGGUCUAAAAAGCCGUCUUGUCGCAGCCAUUUGCCUCGCUCUUAGCCACAUCCACCCUGCUGGUCAGACCAUCGCUGGCUUCAGGGUCAACAGAUGGGCUGCCAUCCUCCACGACUACAACAUGAUCAGGGACAUCGUCCAGGACAGCGCUGCCAUCUCGACCCGGACACAGAUACAGCUGCUUGAGAUAAACCAGCGGACACUGUGCCAGUGGUACAAUGCCAGGAAACAGAGGCAAGAACAGUUGGUUUUGCACCAGUGCACUGACAACAUGAAGGCGUCUGAGCCUCUAUUUCCUGUACAACACAAUGUUCCAGAGCCCUUUCGAAAUGGACAUGUAGGCGAUGUAAUUAAAGUAGUGAUCGGGGGUCCCGAGCCCUUUCAAACAGACACAGAGCAAAGAGCUGCUGCCACCGGGCCCCCUAGUCCAAAGGUGCCUAGGACGACUGCUUGGCGACGAAGGAAGGCAGAGGAAGAGGCAGCCCAGCGGGGGUUACCCCUGAAGCGGCCUUGUGAACAGUAUGUUUGUAAAAAGUGUGGCAAACCAAAGACAAAAGAAUUCGGUCACAGCCAGUUCCGCGGUGUUCACUUUUGUGCCAAAGCCUCUGGAAAGACUGUAGAGCAGUGGAUGGAGGAGAUGAGGAGGGCAAAAUGAGCUAAUAUGGACAUUAAUAUGGAAAAUUCAUUUUUGUUUUUAUUUGUAGAUUCCAUUGUUUU